UGGCAGUUUGGCACCGUUCCAACCACACGAUUCUUAAGUUUAUUUUGAGUUUUAUGUUUAGUUGACGGCGUUAACCUAAUCGAUUCAAGAAAUUGAAUUUGCACCAAUUUGUCUGAGUUCUAACCAAAAUAUAAGUUAGUAAUACUAAAGUUUUACAGUCUGAAGUGAGCAGUGUCCGUUAAUGUUCCUAGUUCAGCGAAAUACGAAUUCGUUCGAUAGAAUAAAAUGUACAACAUACAAUGUUAUAUAGUCUUGCUUGUAUCAUUUGGUUAUGUAAGUGGACAACCAGGUCGAUGCGACCAGACCCCUCCCCAAGCCAAGGUGCUAGAGCCUUCCAAAGAUACAGGUAUAUUUAGACUAGACAUUCAGAACACACCUGGAAGGGCAGAAAAAACUUACUACUCACCUGACCAAACAUACGUUUUGACAAUACGAGCAACGGUCCCUGACAAAACAUUCAAAUGGUUUAUGAUAACUGCUGAGGAUCCAGAAGUGGACAAUAACAUCUUCGAGUUUAGUCAUAAAAACAUUGACGUCGGCACAUUGAAGACUUUAGAUAUUAACAAGUCUCGUUACAGUGAAAGAUGCUCAAGUUCCGUGGAAAACGCUGAUAAUUCAUUCAAAUAUGACGUUGAGAUCCACUGGGUGUCUCCGAAGCAAAGUUCUAAAAAUCAAACAGUAAGAAUCCGAGCGAUGGUUGCUGAGAACGAUGAAGUUUGGUACACGGGAGACAAUCUUACUGUUGUGCUGUAUAAGAACACAGAUAAAGCCCUGGACAGUCCACCUUUUCCGCCAUCGAAACAUUGUAACCUCUGCAGCGAAGCUAGAUAUGAGGUGAUAUUUUACGGGAAAUGGUCACGCGUGGCUCAUCCACGCCACUACCCGAGCAAGCCGGACGACAAUGGAUACAGCCAUAUGGUCGGAUGUUCGCAUGUCUACAACUACUCCCUUUGGCAGCAAGGAAUCAAUGCAAGCGAUGGAUUGAAAAUAUUAGCAGAAACUGCUGACAGUUCUGUACUUGAAAGAGAAAUCAUCUCACAGAUGGGUGAAAGAUCAGGCACCAGGACACUGAUUAGAGGAAAGAGACGCCAUCAUCCUUACAUGUCGGAACCCUCCCAUGCCCUCUUCAGAGUCGAUAGGUUCCACCAUCUGUUCUCCAUAGCUGUGGGCAUGAGACCCUCACCAGACUGGUUCCUUGGUACCUCCAAGUUUGAGUUAUGCACUGACGAGGGCUGGCUGGAAGAAGAAGAGAUUCCUCUGUAUCCAUGGGAUGCUGGCACUAUGGAUGGGAUUUCUUAUGAGUCACAACCAACAGUCUCCACGCCCAGAGACAACGUGGAAAGGGUAGAAGUGGGCUCCUUUAAUGUGGACUCUCCCUUUUAUCAGAUAAACUUGAAUGAUCUACCACCAUUCGCUAAGCUGAAGGUCAGAAGACUAGAUGUUUUCCCGCUGAUUGGCGCUGAAUGUAGCGAGGAAGCUGCAGAACGAGAAGAAGAAAAGCAGGCCGCUGAGAAAGAGGAAGAAGCCGAAGAAGAGGAACAAGAAGAACCAGUGGUAGGGGAAGUGAGGCAGAACAUUGCUGGUGAAGACAGAUGUUCCAGAAGCGAAUGGGGUCCCUGGUCUUCUUGUAACCCCAACAAUGGCAACUGUGGCGCUGGCUUCAGAUCAAGAACUCGACGUCCAUUGGAGAAGAACAUUUACAAUGAGAAUUAUGAUUAUCAAGAUAAUGUGCAAGUGCAGCCGCUGAGCAGAAACUGUGAAGAUCAAGAUACUAAGUCUGUUGAAUACCAGGAUUGUUUUAUCGACUGUUAUUAGAACGGACGCAUAAUAAAAUUGCUAGUUACAU